AUGAGUAGCAAUCAAACGGAAGGCACAUUAUUGGAACAAAUCUUCACAUAUUAUCCAUUAUCGCUUGUUGUUGUUGGCACUAUUUUGAAUUUGUUAACAUUUUUGGUAUUUUGUCGUCCAUUAUUUCUUAGUCGUCCAACAUUUCACUAUUUACGUGCAAUAUCCCUGUUUGAUAUUAUGAUGUUAUACGGAUGGAAUUUAGAUCACUAUUUUAACGGUCGAAAGGAACUUCCAUUUAUUAGUCGUUCAUUAUCAACGUGUAAAUUCUUUUCCUUUCUAAAUUAUUUUGCUGCACAAGUUUCUGCGUGGCUUCGUGUUUUUAUAUGUAUCGAUCGAUAUCUUGCAUUAUACAAUUUGAGUUUAUAUAAAAGAAAAAUAAAUUUUCAUAAAACAGCUUUGAUUAUUAUAUGUUUAAUAUUAACUACCAUAUUUCUACUAAAUUCUCAUAUUUUAAUUCUUUCAUGUUACACAUAUACGAGUAAUUCGACAAAUAUGACAAUAGUAUCAAUUUUCUCGCGUUAUUAUCGACUAUAUCCUAUGUGGGACUAUGUUAAUCUGGCAAUUUACAAUUGUAUACCAUUUAUACUCAUGUCCGGAUUUAAUAGUGGAAUUAUUUAUUACUUAAUUCAAAUAAAACGUUCAUCACUCGUUCAAUCUAAGUUACAAUAUAUUCAAAUAACAAUAUCAUUAGUUAUAUCAACAUUACUCUUUUCUCUUAUGACAGUACCCGGUACAGCCGUUUAUGCUUUUUUCCUUUCAAUGAUAUCAAAUAAAUCGUACAGAGCUGGUUUACUUUACUUACUUGAUUCAAUUUUAUACACUUACCAUAUAACAAGUUUUAUACUUUAUUUUAUUGCAUUAAGAGAAUUUCGAGAAGAACUAGUAUGUAUGAUUAAAUGCAACUUUAAAGUAGCAACGAUCGGCGAUAAAUAUAAAACACCAACUGUAAAAAGAACAACAGAAAUGUAA